UGCAACCCGAUCAAGCUGAUCAUAUUGAGCUGGGCAGACGUAUGGUGGGACAGAAGACACGCUGAAUUGUGAUAAGUGAAAUGUGCAUUGACUGAAACGAUGAACUCCAAAAUAAUGUGCGUCUUCUUAACCUGUUUGAUGAUGACGUCGAUCCUAACCCUAACUUUAUAUCAGCUACUCCUUGAGACAUCCAUACCAUUAUCUUAUCGAUUGACGCCUGACCAACCAACAGGUAAUAAACAAUUACAAAUCACUUUCAGACCAAACGCCACCACCUGUUUUGGCAACGCCAAGAACAAAACCACGGUCAGUAUAUCACCAAAUCUCCCUCUCGUCAUGGAAAUGCAGACAGCCCAGUGCUCACAGAGGAACAGCGGUGUACCAAAGUCGACUCCAAAGAGGGUCAUCGUUUGGCUUAAUGUCCCAAAUUUUUUUAUAAAGAAUCAGACAUCAUUCGAUGGUUGCCCAGUUGCGAACUGCGUGCUGACGGUUAACAAAUCCCUGCUUGCGACAGCUGAUGCGGUGUUGGCUAAUGGUGUUCAUAUGCCGAGAUCAGAUUUCCCUCGAGCGAGUCCUGAUCAAAUCUGGAUAUUUUUUGGAUGGGAACCUCCCUUUCAUUAUGACCAAGUUUAUCGACAAAAGAAUUGGCUGGGGCGAUUUAAUUGGACUAUGACGUACCGCUUUGAUUCCGACAUCACCUGGCCGUACAAUUAUUUGUUAGAGGACCCCACACAGGAAGGACGACACUUGGACCAUGAGAACUUCCUUGACAUCGCCCACAACAAGUCGGGAUCAGUCGUCUGGUUUGUGAGCAACUGCAACUCGUUUAAUCGACGAGGGAAGUAUGUUGAGGAGCUUCAGAAAUACAUUCAUGUUGAUAUAUAUGGUCGUUGCGGACCAAAGGAAUGUGGACGGACAUGGCGAGACUGUUUAGACUUAUUGAAUUCUUACAGAUUUUACCUGUCGUUUGAGAACUCCCUGUGUAAAGAUUACAUAACGGAGAAGCUGUUUAAAGUGUACUCAGGUACAGCCAUUCCGGUCGUGAGAGGUGGGGCGGACUAUGAGGCUCUUUUGCCUAAAGGAACAUAUAUUGAUGCAGACUCGUUUAAAAGCCCCAAAGAACUUGCUGAAUACUUGUUACAUUUGGAAACUCAUAGUGCAGAAUAUCUGGAAAUAUUGGAACGGAAAAGCAAAUACAGGAAUAUGAAAUAUGAUGAAAUGGGUCCAUAUAGGUGGCCAUGUAUUCUAUGUGCGAAGCUGCACAGCGUUAAUGAGACGAAGGUGAUUCCUGAUAUUCACGCCUGGCUGCACGAUGAUAUGUGUCAUGACGCAACCGAUAUAUGACAUCAGCAUGCGUCAUUUAGUCCAUUAAAGAAUAAAUGACAUCAACAGAUCGGGUUGGGUGAGUGCAAGAGAAUCGAAUACGACUUCAUAGGGCACAAUGUAUGGUAUCAUUAAAAAAGGAUUGUCUAAAGUUUAUUUACUUUAAUUUACUUAAACGUACCACGGGAAAACGUUUGGCGAGUCUUACUUAAGUUGAGAUCUUGUAACCAUAUUCUUGAAAAGUGGGAGAUGGAGAAAAGUAGCUUUAAAAUGUCCACUUUGUAAACUAUCUGACACAGGUGAUGAAUUCCAUUAUUUAUUUAUUUGUCCAUCGUUAGAAAACGAAAGAAAAUUUUCACACAGAUUUUACUAUAUUGAAACCCAAUACGUAUAAAAUUUACUUUUCACUAAUCCACGAUUAGGAACAUUGAAAAACAUAUUUUGAAAGAUCGCCAUGUCAUUGUUUAAACCUAUCAAGUAUUCUAUCUUUACUGCAUUGCAAAUAUAUUGUUACCCCGGUCACAUCAACAUACAUCGUGACAGUGGUAUUAGUGGGUAUUCUAGUGCUUGUAGAACGCAUGUACAUUGGAAUCACAUCAACAUACAUCGCGACAGGGUUUUCACUUUUAACUUAUCAGUGGGCCAUGACUCUAGUGUUUGUAAUACGGAUGUAUACAUUACCAAAUUGGAUCUAUCAGUGACACAAAUGAUAUCUGAUUCAAAUAUUUAUGUUGACUUGUACCAUAUGUUCUAGUGUUUUUUUUCCGGUGAACAAUUGUCUUGCUUUUGCAUGUGUUUGGGGCGUUGCCACCGUUGGGGCACGACACGCACACCUUUCGGGGAGGGCACGGGGUGGCCCAGUCGUCUAGGACGCCGCGAUUCGCUGUGCAGAGUUGCGUCCCUUGGGUACGCCAGAAACCUGUGUUUGUGGGUUGGAAUCCCGGUUCGCCCCGAUUGUGUU